GAGGCCCCCUCCCAGAGAGGCCCCUAUCGCCCCGCCCGGCGCAGGGUCAAACGCCUCCCGCCGCUGGGAUGGGGUCGACAGCCCACCCCGCUUCCUGCGCUCCUCUGUACAGUCCCCGCCCCGACGGGGACGGGCGCGGGGUCGGCAUUUCUGAGCCCUGCCUGGGCACCUCCCUGGAGCCGGCCUCGUCCCAAUCCUCCAGGGCCUAGAGGGACCUGGAGAGGACCGAGGUCCCGAUAAUAAUAAUGAAAAAAUCACUCCGGCUAGCAUUUUUUGAACGCUUCUGUGUCAGGUAUUUACCAUGCGUAUCACUGAGUCUAAACACUUUAUGGGAGGUGCUGUUACUUCUUUUAGAGGUGAAGCAACAGACCCAGAGAGGUGGAGUGACUUGCUCAAGGUGACACAGCUAGUAAGUGACAGAUCGGGAACUCGAACCCGUGCUUCAGAGUCCAGAACUGGAGUCUCAGCCACUAGACUAGAUGGCUCCGUGGCUCAGUGGCCCAGUGUUUCCGUGGCUCAGGUGUUCUUGACCCGCUCCGCUGCCCUGCUGCUGCUUCCACUUCCAACCAUGCACACAUGUGGGCCACACCUGCUGCUCUUUGCUUUCCCCCGAAGGGGUCACCAGACACCAGCCCUACCUUGCCUCCCCUGAGCUGGAAAGACAAAGACUGAAUACCUAAGUUCUAAGUAGGGAGUGACACCUGCAGGGGAGAUGGGGGCCCGGGGAUCCUUUGCCCCCUGGGCCCCCUGGGAAGCCUGGGCUGAGGCCUGGGCAGUAGGCGUUCUCCCCGGAAACACCCAGGAGCCGGUUUUUCAAGAGUGAAUCAGAGGCCUCCCGCCCUCCUCUCCGAAGCAAUAUCCUACUAGAAAGGGGAGGCUGGGUGUGGUGGCCCCCCUCCCCCAGCUUAUGUCAGCUCCCAGGAACCCCCUUCCCCACUUCCUGCUGCCCCCCGCUGUGAUUCUGCGUGGUUGUGGGGUUGUUUAGUUUCAGGCCCUUUGCAGGGAAGAGAGGGUGGGGAUGCUGGGAUUCCAGCCAAUGCGCUUGGCGCCCAGGCUGACACUCUUUUCCUCCAACCCUAUGUUCAGGUUUGAGCGGAGACUGGGAACUUGGGGAGGGGGUGGCAGUUAGCAACUCCCGGCAUGUUCUGAGGAUAGGAGGGCUCAGAGAGUAGUCAGAAUGAGGACAGAAGGCACAUUCAUCCAUUCUACAAACAUUUAUUGAGCACCUACCAUGUGCCAGGCACUGUUCUUGGCACAAUAGUGAACAAGACAAAAAUCCCUGCUCUGUGGGAGCUGCCAUUCUAGUUGGGGGGAAACAGGCAACAAGCAAGUUAACGAGUAAAUAAAGAAGGUAUCUGCAGAUGGUAGUAAGUGCUAUGUGCUAUGAAUAAAAGUGCUGUGAAUAAAAUAUGAGGGGGUGGUAUGGUAGAAUCUGUGGGUAAGGGGGGUGGCUUGGAGGAGGUGACUUUGGAGACAAGAUCUAAAUGAAAAAAGGAGGUAGCCCUGCAAAGAUCAGGCAGGGGGCCCACCCCAGGCAAAGGCUCUGAGGCUAGACGGAGCUUGGAAUAGCGUGGCUGGGGCACCAGCUGCAGUCAAAGUGGCAGUUCUGCAGGGGUCUGUGACUCAUAUUAAGGAGUGUGGAGCUUUUCCUCCGUAAGGUGGGAAAUCGUAAGAUUCGAAGCCGGGGAGUGACGCGAUCUGGUUUACAUUUUAAAAUAGAGACACAAAGUGAAAUAGCAGCCUAAGACUGAAAGACAAGAGUUCUGCCAGGGCAACAUGUAAUUAAGUUCAUGGGCCUGAGCCGUCUGGACCACAGGGGCGGUUCCAACAGGCUGGGGCAAGCCAGGGAAGCUGCCUGGAGGAGGUAGCCUAGACUAGGCCUCCUCAGGCAAAGUGGACUGGGAUGUUCCUGGAUGGGGCAGGGGAGGAGGCCAUAAUAAUAAUGACCAUGAUAGUAACAGUUUCCUUAUAGCAAAUGUCAGACAAAAUGCUAAUCAGAUUGUAUGCAUAAUCUCUUUGGCUUCCCAUAAGCACCCUGAGAGACAGGAAUUCCGCUUGUUUUUUCGGAUGAGAAAACUGAGGCCCCAUCACAUGAAGUGACUUGCCCACGGCUACGCAGCUGGAUCAUUCUGGCUGCUGUGUUGACACAGGCCGUGGAGGGCGAGGGCAGAAGACUGCAGACUCGGAGGAGGCAACUGCACUAGUGGAGAUCUCCUGAGCGUGCCCGCGCGUCUCCCUGCUCAUGCCGCUGGGACUGGGGCGGCGGAAAAAGGCGCCGCCUCUGGUGGAAAAUGAGGAGGCGGAGCCAGGCCGUGGGGGGCUGGGCGUGGGGGAGCCGGGGCCCCUGGGUGGGGGUGGGGCAGGGGGGCCCCAGAUGGGCCUGCCUCCCCCUCCCCCGGCCCUGCGGCCCCGCCUCGUGUUCCACACCCAGCUGGCCCACGGCAGUCCCACGGGCCGCAUCGAGGGCUUCACCAACGUCAAGGAGCUGUACGGCAAGAUCGCCGAGGCCUUCCGGCUGCCAGCUGCCGAGGUGAUGUUCUGUACCCUCAACACCCACAAAGUGGACAUGGACAAGCUCUUGGGAGGCCAGAUCGGGCUGGAGGACUUCAUCUUUGCCCACGUCAAGGGGCAGCGCAAGGAGGUGGAGGUGUUCAAGUCAGAGGAGGCGCUGGGGCUCACCAUCACUGACAACGGGGCCGGCUAUGCCUUCAUCAAGCGCAUUAAGGAGGGAAGCGUGAUUGACCACAUCCAGCUCAUCAGCGUGGGUGACAUGAUUGAGGCCAUCAACGGGCAGAGUCUGCUGGGCUGCCGGCACUACGAGGUGGCCCGGCUGCUCAAGGAGCUGCCCCGAGGCCGCACCUUCACGCUCAAGCUCACAGAGCCCCGCAAGGCCUUUGACAUGAUCGGUGUACGCUCAGGGGGUGGCCGCCCUGGCUCUGGCCCCCAGCUGGGCACUGGCCGAGGGACCCUCCGGCUCAGAUCCCGCGGCCCCGCCACAGUAGAGGAUGUGCCCUCAGCCUUUGAGGAGAAGGCGAUUGAGAAGGUAGAUGACCUGCUGGAGAGUUACAUGGGCAUCAGGGACACGGAGUUGGCGGCCACCAUGGUGGAGCUUGGAAAGGACAAAAGGAACCCGGAUGAGCUAGCCGAGGCCCUGGAUGAACGGCUUGGUGACUUUGCCUUCCCUGAUGAGUUCGUCUUUGACGUCUGGGGUGCCAUUGGGGAUGCCAAGGUCGGCCGCUUCUAGGCCCCCUUCCAGACCUCUCAGUGACCUGGCUCCGCUUGGUGGGAGCCCCCAGUGGGAGGGCCACCAUGGCCUGGACCGCAGCAUCCGGCUUGGACCUUGCUCAGCAGCCCAAGGACGAUGCAGAGUGGAGGUGGGGCCGGGCCUCCGCCCCACUCCAAUCGGUACCACCCCUCCCCAGCUCCCACCCUGGCUGGGGUCCCCGGUCCCCCCUUGCCCUGUUCCCCACCUACCUCAGCCGGGUCAGGCGCAGGGGGUGGGGGGGGAGGGACCAGCCAGAUUGUGCGGCCACCCCCACCCCCAACACUUUCUGCAUCAGCUGCCAAACUGGUCUCUCAUCUCCCUGGGGCCUGUUUGGGGGUCCUGACCUCCCUAGUUUCCUGCUGCAGGGAAUGCAGAAGGGGGGCAUGCCCCCCCUCAGCAAAUGCAAUAACGCCCUCCCCCCAUGCCCCACCCAGAGAGGAGCCCCCUCACUUCGGAGUCUGUUACCUCCACAUUUGAAACACUAGUCUGCUGUGAACCCCCAACCUCCCUCCCUCCCCUGCUCUCUGUGUCGCCCUCAGCCCAGCCCCAGACAGAAGGGGCAAGAGGGACGAUGGCGGUGGGCUUUUGUAUCUGAAUUGCUGUCUUGAACAUAAAGAAUCUAUCUGCUGUUGGA